ACGCCUAUGUCGAAUGUAAAAUCUUUGAGUCAGUAGUUUCUGUGACUUCGAUGAGUAGUCAUGAUGACCAAUGAACCCGUGGUCGUACAAGCCGAUCUCGAUCGUCUGAGCGAUUACAAUCUCCAGCUGAACCGAUGGUUAUUGAAACCGAUUGGUGUCUGGCCCGGAUCAUCUUCUACGUCCAAAAUUGAGAGAAUCCUUUCAUUAGUUUUGAAAGUAAUUUGUUACUGCUUUAUCAUUUUCACGUUAGUUCCAGGCUUAGCGUACCUAAUUCUCGAGCCUCAAGAUUUUCGUUCGAAGAUAAAAAUAGUGGGUCCUAUGUCCCAUUGGUUCGCUGGUUGCAUUAGUUACACUGCAUUACUCUUACGUAGCAAAGAUAUACGGUAUUGUGUAAAUAAUAUUGAGGCCGAUUGGCGGUCUGUGACGAAAUCAAAGGUACAACAAGUGAUGCUAAAGAAUGCAAAAUUUGGUCAUAGUGUAGCGGCUUUUUGUGCGAUUUUCAUGCACGGGGGUGUUUUAUGCCAUUGCGUAGUAAUGGCGUUUACCAUGGAGAGUGUAGAAGUUGGAAACGAAACCAGAACCAUACACAAGCUGCCGUGUGUGGCUUACACGAAAAUGAUACCAGUAGACACCAGCCCCACCAACGAGAUCGUUCUUGUCGUGCAAUUCAUUUCCAGUUUCAUCGUAAACUCUACCGCUGUUGGGGCUUUCAGCUUGGCUAUAGUGUUUGCAUCUCACGCUUACGGUCAAUUAGAUGUACUGAUGAUGUGGAUCACGGAAUUUGUAAAUGAAUCGGAAGAACUUGAUAAGAAUGUCGAGCGGAAUGAAAUAAGGGUGAUCGUGAAGAAUCAUGUGAAAAUCCUCAGUAUGAUAUCGCGUAUUGAACACAUUAUGAGCCCGAUAUGCUUAUUGGAAUUGUGUCAAUGUACCUUGGCCAUGUGUCUUCUUUGUUAUUUUAUUCUUACGGAAUGGGAGGGACGCGAUGUUCAAAAUUUAGUUACUUAUGUUGUUGUACUAUUUUCUGUAACCUUCAAUGUUUUUAUAAUGUGUUAUAUCGGUGAGAAGUUAUCGGAACAGUGCAACAGAAUUGCUGAUGCGGUUUACUCGACAAAAUGGUACUAUUUGCCUUAUAAAAAUGUCCUUGACCUAGUUCUGAUCAUUGCUAGGUCAAGUGUCGUCACUAAGAUCACUGCCGGGAAAGUAGUUUACAUGUCUGUGUACACUUUCGGCGAUGUGAUCAAAACUGCUUUCACGUAUAUAAAUUUACUACGACAAACGAUAUAACUGAAACACACCUACUAUGAACAUAUCACCUAUGUAAACUCGAGUAGAAACCUGUAGAAUGUUAAAUACAUAAAGCUUUUCAUUAUUCAAAACGAUACAUAUCACUCAUAGA